AUGCCGAGAGUCAAAGUCCUAGCAAAGCCGGAGUCGAGCAAAGCCUCCACGAAGUCAGAUGAGAAAGAAGCGCAGCCACUGGAUCUGUCGAUCCCGCGAGAUGAGGAGUACGUUCCAUUCCUCCCAGAGCUGUACUUUCAAAAUACUCUAUCCAGAACAGCGGAAAUGCCACUUCAAGCCGUGCUGAUGGCCUUCAUAGAGAAGCAGUUGGCGGCGGCUCUGUUCAAUGAAAGUCUUCUUUUGAACUUCCUCGUUCAGCCGGUCGACUGUCCCGAGCCUUCAUCAAGUGCAGAAUCCGUGCACUCUUCCAGCGUCGAAAAACCGAGGACGCGUCGAGAUUCCAACGACUCCGAGUCCACUUCUUUCAGGAGGUGAGUCGGCUUCGUUUUUGCUUUUGAAACUUGAAAUUUUAAAACUUAAUCACAAAAAUUAUGAUAAUAGUCCCAUCGGUACAGUUUGAAAUUGAUUUGAUUCAAAAAGGUUCAUUUCUAUUUUCAUGCUGACUCUGGUAAUUUCCGUCAAUCAGAAAGUUUUUUCAUGUUUGCUCUGUAACCUUGAUAGCGCCACGAACAACUAGGAGACUUCGGACAAUGGAAAUCGAAGGUUUUUCGAAAACUUUAGCGAUUUUUAGACCUGAUUGGCCCCGAAUUUCCUUUUGUCAGGCCAUCAAAGAGUAUCGAGAAAAAGUCUACAGGAAGUGUUUCGCCCAUUCUGUUAGAAAAAGCAUAUGCCGAAAAGUUUCAAAAAAAAAAAGUUAGGUAGAAUGAGGAAUGAUAAAGGUACAGUUGGACCGUCAAAUGUAAACCGAAUAACUUUUAUUUCUAAGACUAGUGUGCAAAGAAAAGCUUUUAAAAAAAGUAGUCCUAGUAAUGAAAAACUGAGCUUGACAAGCAUUUUGGUAUUUCAAAAAGUGCAUCUUCCAGAAACGAAGCAAACGCUCGCGAGCGGAAUCGAGUCCAACAGCUUUCAGAGAUGUUCGACCGACUUCGAGUAACUCUUCCGAUCCCCGCAGAACUGCGAAUCUCCAAGCUUUCAACCCUGAGAGUUGGAAUACAAUUCGAGAUUUCGCUUCAACUUGGAGUUCAGGUGGCAAGCGCCUACAUCGGUUACCUGGGAAGUCUUCUGGAGGACGACGAGGAACGGCAGACGGCGUCGAAAAGGAAGCUUCUGUGCACGAUUGACGCCGCCAGGGCAUUGCGAAGAUGA